CUGUUCAGUUGUUCAAAAUCUACCCCUUGCGGUAUUGACUUAAAUCUUGCAUACGUACACAUUUCAAACCUUGAUGUGGAGACUGACUUCAGCCUUGCAGUGUAUAAUAAUCCUCGAAAAAGAUGUCCUUUAAUAUAUUCACAAAAGCAUUUUGUGUGCUUUUUGAAAUCAGGCAUUGCUAGCACUGUACCCAAGAUAUAUUUAGCCCUUGUAUUCCUUUGCUUGCUGACCCCAUUCCCAUGGAGAGUAUGUGACAGGCUAGGGCAAGGCUAUAAAUGUCACAUGAUUCGCUUCAGCAGAGAAGCAAGUGGUGGGAGGGCAAGUGCACAAUCAUGGCUUGUGUAAAGCAAGAAGUAGGUACCAAUGUUCGGAGCCCAGAAACUGAGAAAGAUUUCAUUGAGGAGGAUCAGCAUGCUAUCAUUGUCGCUCCUGACGUAGUGCUCCAGGUGGAAGGAGAGUUAUUCUUUGUGAACCGCAAGCAUUUGGCCCAGCUGAGUCCCUACUUCCGAGCCUUGUUCUUCGGUGGCGGUCGGGAGAGCACUAGGAAGCACAUUGAGAUUAAGGGAGUUGGACUGCGGCAGUUUCACACCCUGAUGGAGUUCACAAAGAACUUAAAGCUGACCCUGGACAGAAAGAACGUCCUUGAUAUUCUGGAGGCCGCCGACUUCCUUCAGUUGGACAGGGCUCGGCUACUCUGCUGUAAGUUCUUGGAAAGGCAAUUGCAUCUUAGUAACUGUUUGGGAAUGAUGGCAUAUGCUUGGCAGCUUGGCUGUCUGGACCUCUACGCCGCAGCAAGGGAAGUAGCUUUGACCCAUCUACCUGCCAUAGCCUCCGAGCAGGACUUUAUGUUCCUUUCAAAAGAAAGCAUUGCCAACCUCCUCGCUAGCGACAACUUAAGCAUUCCCAGGGAAGACCUGGUCCUUGACGUGGCCCUUCGCUGGGCAGCUUUUGCCCCAAGCCGGGAAGAAGACUUCAUGGAACUAGUGGGCCUGGUUAGGCCUGAGUGCUUAAGUCUUCCCUACAUUACUGAUCUUCUGACCAAGAUAAACAGUUCAGACCCACGUGCUAAGCUAAUUUGUAAACUGAACGAUAACUUGCCCUGUAGUUGGACUAUGGGCAGGUCUAUCCCUAGAACUCGUUCAAGGGAAACUCUGUUUGUUCUCGGUGGGCCGCAUGAGCAAGAAGAGCAAUUGCUGUACCAGUUCCACCCCUACAGUGGAAGGUGGCAAUCUCAUCCACCCCUGCAAAAGAAGUGUCUCACACAGUACUCCGUGGCUGCAGUAGGGGAAAGCAUAGUAGUGACUGGAGGCUACUUUCGGGAUGUGUUGUGGUACAACGUGGAUUGGGUGAGCAUUUAUCAAUGUGCCAAUGAGCAGUGGGUGGAUGGCCCGGCGAUGCAAAAGUCCAGACACAGCCACUGCUCAGCGGCUCUGGAGUUCAAGCUGUUUGUAUUUGGCGGUAGCACGGAUGAGGGACCUGUGGCUGACGUUGAGAGAUUGGUUCUGGGAGCAGAAGAAUGGGAUGCCGUCAGUCCCAUGGUGAGGGCUGUGGAAAGGGCGGCUAUUGUCAGUUUGGGGACUUGUAUUUACGUGGCCUGUGGUCUGGAUGAGAAUGGAGAAGUUUACAGUGGGAUUCAGAGGUACAGGCCAGAGGUUGACCAAUGGGACGUGGUGUCAUAUUCUCCAUUCCCACGUUACGACCUUCUUGCAACAGAGCUCAAUGGUGCUCUUUAUCUGCUGGGAGGACAGGCUCUGCGCUUAGACAUCGACACAGACGAGUGGACCAUUCUUCAAGAGGACUGUCUGGACAACAAAUUCUUCACAGGCUGUGCCACAGUAAACGGGCAGAUUUACAUACUGAGCGAGAGGAAGAUUAACAAAACAUUACCAAACAUGAUCCUACUGGACCCUUACAUUGACACUUGCUUAGAAAUUGAUGAUAAAAUACCCUGUCCUGUACCCAUAAGAGGUUCUGUCACAAUGCAUGUGAAUCCCUUCUGAAGCCAUGUUAACACGGUUCUUUCGUUCAGACAAAUGACAUACAAUAAACCAAAUACAGAAACAUUUUGUUGAGCAAGGUUGGGGAUAAUUAAUUAUAUGAGGAUCAUUGUUCUUAACAUUUAUAUUGUUAUUCAAAAGGUCACAGAGAAAAUGGUGGAGUGAGAAACAAGUAUGCAAUAAUAACACAGUAUCGAAGAUGGAAGUUCUUAUUAAUAUAUCCCUCUUCUGUCAUCGUUACAAGUUAAAAACAUCUGCAGUAUGUUAGUAUUAAUGAAAUCAGAGCACAGUAAAAUCCCAAUAACUAAACAUACAAAAACAAUCACAGGUCAUUUUAAAACAAAAGUGAAACAGUGUACGACAGAUGCACAGAUUUCAGACAAAGGCUCAGUUUAUGGCUAUAGUGCAAAUAAACAACUUAGGCUAGGUGUGUGAAUGUAUUCUAAACAUUAAUACAUUUCCAGCCCUAUGCAGAACAACAAAAACAUUUAGCCCUUGGAGCAGAUUCAAUAAUCAAGAAAUGAAGGGGUCUACAUAGGAGUCCUCAAAUCCCACUGCCCACUUUUACUUUUAAGAUUUCUAUGCACAAAUCAUCGCAUUUCUUGUAUGAUAAGGCAAUGCACAACAAAAAGUACUAUCUUACAAAACAACAAGCCCCAGUAGUUCCUUGCAACAGUAGCAAAAUCACAAAGACAAUUGGAUAUUUCACCAAUAGAUGGCGCUCUAAGUCUUUUCUAAGUGGACCACAAA